AUGAGCACCCUAUCAGUACUAAUCGAAACCUCGUCGUGUUCCUGGGGCAAACUCGCGGCGGAGAACGGCAACCGGACUAUCGGAAUCCUUCUCCGCGCCCUCGUCUCAUUUUGCAACGCCCAUCUCGCCCAGUCCGCUUCGAAUCAACUGCUCAUUUUUGCUUUCGGACGGAAUAUCGACAAGAAAAUGAUUUACUCGUCGGCGCGGUCCGAAGAUCGCGACUGUUCUUCGAUUGUGGUCCAGAGAGUCCGCGACAUUCUCAACACAGACGCCCUGAACAAAGAGGACCGCAUCGGGGUGCCAUUGGGACCAGCCAUGGCUCACGCUUUUUGUCGUAAGUUUUUUAUGCAUGCUGAAUAACCCAUAAAAAUUAAAAUUUUUCAGACAUGAAAAAGUUCAGUAAAGUGUCGUCGACGGAGCAAUGCGCCGAUUCUCUGGGUCCGCAGGCGACGUCUUCUGCCGAAAAUACGGAAACGACGACGGAAAAAGUGACGACGCGCGCGGUCAUCAUUUCGAUGACUCCGAUUAUCGGAAGAGAACAUGGUAUGUUUUUUUUGUUUUUUAACGUCAGAAAACGCAAUUCACUUUUUCUACAGGAUCUCUAAUGAAUCUGUUCUUCUCGGCGGCGAAACAGUCGAUCUGCGUGGACGUCAUCUCGAUGGGCGAAGACGUGACCGGCGGAGUGCUCCAACAGGCGGCCGACAUCACCGGCGGCCUUUUUGUGCACGUUAAGAAGCCGCAGGCCCUUCUCAAGACCUUGAUGACCAACAUGCUCACGGAUCCGCAAUAUCGCGACGCUUUUUCCCAUCUUUCUCUCAAUGUCAGCACUGUUUUCGGUCGUUUUUUGAAUUUGAGACGAUUCGUCGUCUCAGACGAAAAAGUUUCCAAACACUUCUAUUUUCCUAAACUCUUUCAGUCAGUCGAUUACCGUGCGUCGUGCGCGUGCCACCAGCAACUGGUCUCCUCCGGCUGGGUAUGCUCCGUGUGUCUUUCGGUGCUCUGCCAGUACACUCCGAUAUGCAAAGUGUGUAAGGCGGCCUUCACCAUCGCCAAUCUGCCGAGAACGACGGCCCGCCGAAAAAGAACUCAUCCAUAA